AUAUAUAAAGCAUCAUCUCGACAAUAUUCGUCUAUUCAUCCACAUAAAAGGAUAUUGACAUACCUCAAAUCCUAAAAGCAAUUGUCACAGGUUCCAAGAUGGCCAAACAGGGCUACACAGUGGAUUUAAGCAAGCCACUGGUUUUUCAGGUUGGCCAUCUUGGAGAUGCAUACGAUGAGUGGGUCCAUCAACCAAUAGUAGGCAAAGAGGGGCCAAGAUUCUUCGAAAAUGAUCUUUUGGAGUUGUUGACUCGCACACCAUGGUGGGCAAUUCCAACCAUAUGGCUACCAGUUGUAUGGUGGCUGGCUUCAACCUCUGUAAACAGGGGACUCUCUGCUCCUCAGUUGGUUGCUACUCUACUUGUCGGCUUAGCUGUCUGGACAUUGCUGGAAUACUCUCUUCACCGUUUUCUCUUCCACAAGAAACCCCGGGGAUAUUGUCCUUGCGAAGAAGUGAACCACUUGAUUGCAUUGGUGCACCAUGAUGAAACAGAAGUGGGGUGUGCAUUUUGCAUGAAAAUGGCAUUAAUAGCUUGAUAAAUAUGAAUACAGGGGAAACACAUUGCACUAUCUGUUUCAUGGUUGCCAUCAUAAGCACCCCAUGGACAGAAUGAGGCUAGUCUUCCCCCCCGCAGCUGCCGUGUUUAUCGUUGUACUUGUGGGGAAUGUGAUUAAGCUUCUAACUCCUCUGGUUUACGCUCCUGCCAUUCAUGGAGGAGUGUUGUUGGGGUAUGUUAUCUAUGACUGCACACAUUACUACCUGCACCAUGGAAAACCAUUAACUGGGGUGUCCCAUUCUCUGAAGAGAUACCACAUGGAUCAUCACUUCAAGGCCCAGAACAAAGGAUAUGGAAUCACUUCCGCUUUCUGGGACAUUGUUUUUGGAACAUUUCCUCCUGAACCAACCAAGAAAAGUAGGUGAUCGUAACUGGAGAUGAAGAGAGUUUUCCUAGAUGAUUGGUUUUCAAUUUAGAAUAUGUUCCUUUUUUUGUUUUCCACCAGCUUGUGGAAAAAUAAAACAAACGAUCUAUAGGAAUUGAUGAACUUCUAUACAUGAUUCAUGUGUAACUCAAACUACAUGUGAAGAAUUGAUGGAAGAAUUAAUGUGAUUCCAAAAGUAUUUUGCUUCAAUAAAUCUGCACUAGGGGCAAAAUUGUGG